GGGUCUGGCUCGGCGGCGGUAGCAGCAGCAGCAUCCACCACCAACCAUCCAUCCAUCCAUCCGCCUGCCUUCCUGCUGCUGCGGUCUCCGGCUCAGCUAACUAACGCUAGCUAGCGCGUUCCGUCCACCACCAUCUUGUUGAAUCCGAAUUGUUCAGCCACGCCGGUUUCGCUGCGGAGGCUUUUGUCUGCGCGGGGCGCGCGCGCGGCUCAUCACAGCACGGCUCGUGCCCUCGUGCUGGUGGAGGUGUUAGUAGUUUGUUUGAUCGUUAACAGUUUGCUAGUUUCAUAGUUUGUUGCGCAUCUUUUUUUAUUUAAAAAGAGUCAGAUCCGAGUUUUCAUCUGUGGAGAUUCGAGUUAACGUUACUUGAAUUUCUCGAAUUAAUCAAAUUAUUCGACUCGUUUUUCUAUUUAUUUACCCUUAUUUGUGUAUACUAGAACCUGCUUUGUGGAUGAAAGAGAGGGAGAGUGUUGUGUUGAGUUAUGCUAGCUACCCAUUGAUGUAUGCUUCUAUCGCUUUCUUCUCGGCUGUACUGCGCAUGCGCUGAUCAUUAAUUUUUAUUUUAUUACUUUUUACUUACGUUUUUGUGGGGUUUUUAUUUAAACGUUUCAAGUAGUUUUCAAUAGUUGCUUGAGUGUUAACUGGUAAUUACAUUUUUUUUUUAAAAUAGUAACCAAUACAUAUUUUUAUUUAUUCUUUUUUCUUAUCAUCUCAUUUUUUUGUUUAGUAUUAGCUUGCUAACGUACUUUACCCUGAUUAUACAGUGACUUUUUAAUAUAUAUAGUUAUAUAACCUACAUCUUUAUCCAGCCUAGGGAUGAGGAUGUUCUUCUAAUAUAACGAGCUACUAGCUAAUAGCUGCUAAUGUUGGUAUUUUUUAUUAGAAUUCCUAAUCAAAUCGAAACACGUACACUAGUCUAGAUAGCACAACUCGGCACAACACCGACUACUAUCUAAACUAGCUUUAUUUAACCAGCCCGCCACUGUGUAGCUGCUGCAUCCCCAUUGUGUUGUUUUGGAUCCCAGCUCUGCUUUAUUAUUCUCCCACCGCUGCCCGCCCAACCCCGGAUCACCCCCGCGCUCUCUCUCACGGCGUUUCGAGGCUUUAACCCUCGUUUAAACGCCUAUAAACGUCUGUUAAAGUAUAUAUUCCACACACAAAGCAGUUAAUUCAGCCCGAUAUUAAACAUUAACACAGCCAUGUGCUCCCGGGUGUGGUUUGUGACCGACCGGCGCAUCAGUCAGGAGUACCCCCAGGUCCAGAUCCUGCGGGCUCUGAAGGAGCGCUGCGUGGAGGACGACGUUGAAUUCCGCUAUCUGUUAAUGGACGAGAUCGUUAUAACCAUCACAGACGGACAGCUCGGUCUGCGGGUGGGGCAGGAGGUGGUGACGUCGUACCCCCAAGUAGCUGUGGUUCGAGUCCCGACUCCAUGGGUGCAGUCUGACAGUGAUAUCACUGUGCUGAGGCACCUGGAGAAGAUGGGCUGCCGCCUGGUGAACCGACCCCAGGCCAUCCUCAACUGCGUCAACAAGUUCUGGACUUUCCAGGAGCUGGCUGGGCACGGGGUCCCACUGCCUGAUACUUAUUCAUACGGUGGUCACGACAACUUUCGUAAGAUGAUCGACGAGGCCGAGCCGCUGGGUUACCCCGUGGUGGUGAAGAACGCUCGGGGACACAGAGGUAAGGCGGUGUUCCUGGCGCGGGACAAGCACCACCUGUCCGACCUGUGUCACCUGAUCCGGCAUGAGGCUCCGUACCUGUUCCAGGAGUACGUGAAGGAGAGCCAUGGGCGGGAUGUGCGCGUGGUGCUGGUGGGCGGCAGGGUCAUCGGGUCCAUGCAGCGCUGCUCCACGGACGGACGCAUGCAGAGCAACUGCUCCCUCGGUGGUGUGGGCAGAUUGUGCCCCCUGAGCGAGCAGGGCAAGCAGCUCGCCGUGCAGGUGUCCAACAUCCUGGGUAUGGACGUGUGCGGGAUCGACCUGCUGCAGCUGAACGACGGCUCCUUCGUGGUGUGCGAGGCCAACGCCAACGUGGGCUUCAUCGCCUUCGACCAGGCCUGCGGGAUGGACGUGGCCGGCAUCGUGGCCGACUACGCCCUGUCGCUCCUCCCCGGCCGCCUCACCCGGAAGAUGUCUCUGCUGUCGGUGGUGUCCAGCGCCAGCGAGACCAGCAGCGAGCCCGAGGUGUGCAUCCCCACCGAGGUCUGCAUCCCUACUGAAGUGUGCAUCCCUCCGGAGGCGUGCCCGCCCGUCGCUACCUGUGCCAUUCCUGACGGAGUCAGCACCAUGAGCACGAGCUCGACCUCCAGCGAGAGCGAGGCGGAGCUUACCGAAAUUGGCCACAACCCCGGCGCUGCUGAUCCUGCCUACAACAUCAACUCCCUCCUCGCGAAGGAAAUUAAACUGUUGACUGAGUGAGCUGACGGAAAAACAGCCACUACACACACAUACACACACUGACAUACACACACACACACUGACAUACGUACACACACAGAGUACAUGUACAUACAGGCACAUAACAACAACAAUAAUAAUAAUACAGUACAGUGGUCAGCUGCACACACACACACACACACACACACACACACACACAGAAACACACUCAUAUAUAAAUACAAACAGACAUAAACCCCCCUCCCGCGUGUUGCCGCUGUCGUCGUCGUCCACGUUGUCAUCUUUGUCAUCGCCUUCAUAACUAACCCACCAUGUUAUAAACCCAUGCUGGUCUGAGGCUGCUCCCCUGACGUUGCUGUUCCACUGACAAUGACUGUGCAGAUGUGUGGAGGUCAUAGUGCCGUCGUGUGUGUGCGCGUGAGAAAAUAAUAAAAUGGGGCACCUGGUGAAGUGUGUACACUCCGGCUAUCUCCUCCUGCUAUUUUGGUGGCGCACUACAGCCUACCUACCUACAGCUAGCUGUGCAGUGUACAUUCCCACCAAGUUCUCCCCCUUUUUUUUUUUUUUUUUUAAAUGCACUUUCCUGAGUGCAGUUGAGCGGUGAGGUUGAGCGUUUGAGUGGUUCCUGCUGUAGUUCAUCAUCUGUAGAUCAUUCAGGGUGCGAAGUGAUGGGAGUGUUUUUUAUUUUUAUUUGUUAUUUUUUUUUUAUCAUACACAUACACACAAACAAAUAUAUUAAAGCAUCCGUUCUGAUCACACAUGCAUCCAAACAGGGCUGAAUUAAUAGAGAAUAGAGCAUAGAUAUAGAGCAUAAAGCAUGUAGAUGCACAGUCCUAAACAUGCAUAUAUAUAUAUAUAUAUAUAUAUAUAUAUAUAUAUAUAUAUAUAUAUAACCUCUAUAUAGCGCAUAGCAAGUUUGUGCAUCAAGCCAGAAGAAGCAUGAAUUGGUCCUUCAAGCACAAAUGCAGCCCCCCCUCGACUGCAAGGCUUGCCGAACGUGCUGCGUGUGCUGCAGUGAUUUUAGAUUUUUUUUUUUUUUUUUAAGAUGGAUGCAGUGCGUGAACGCCUGCGUUCGCUCGUUCGACCGCUUGAGUGAUUGAUUAGUUAAUCAAUCGCUGGUUUAGCAUGAGGCGAGAACUCGAAGCGCUCUAAAGUCGUCUUCUCGAUUUUAUCCAACAACACAAAACACACCCAAGCAAAUAGUACUCUGAAUAGCACUGCAAAGAGUUAACAUCGCUCUCAGAAACACACAGGAAAAAGAAGAAAUAAAAACACCACACACAGCAGACAUCAGCAUUAACACACGAAAUCAGAGACUGGAAAAGCUGUACAUAUUAUUAAUUAUUCCCUCACUGUUUUACUGUUACAACGGACUCGCAGCAACUACUUCACUGUGCAGAGCAUGGAUUUGCUCACCGUGUUUUUAACUUAAGUGGUUUUUGUCUGUAUUUAAUAAAACUCCUCCUUAUCUCACAAGCACAACGACCCGCCGCUCUGCCACUUCAGACAAGGUGUUUACUGAGGUUUACUGGUUUAUGGAUCUUUUAGUGGGUAGUUUUAUCAUUUUUAUUAUGAUGAUUAUUAUUUUUAACAUUAGGAUUUGGGUAGAAACGGGUUUAAGCUGCACAACCACAACCUUUUUCACAGAGAGAGACUCUCUGCUCACGCCUGGCAUAUUAUAACACAUGCGUCCUGGGUGAUAUAAUCUGAUCUGAUAUGACCUUUAAGUGAUCGAUUGCUUUAAUUGAAACACAUUGAUAUUCUUAUACCUGGUGUUUUAAAGUCCUGAGAGAGACUGUGAUCAGAUUUCUCACAUUGUUCCAGCUCUGUUUCAAUCUGUAUGCAAUCAAAUCCUCAGCCCAAAUGAGCUAAGAUGAGACUUUAAAUUUCCCUAUAAGUCUUUUUUUAUCCAUUAGUUUGGUUUGUUUUAUUGCAGCCUGCUUUCCUAACCCGCACAGACGGUGGACGGUAGGCCUGUCACAAUAAUUACUACUAAUCAAACCUUAAGGUUUUACAACAUAUGGGGACACAUCAUUUCCAAUUUGAGCUAUUUAUACCAUAUUUUUCGCACUAUAAAUCGCACCGGGUUAUAAGGCGCAUUUAUACGACUUUAAUUCUUAAAAUAAAAAAUUCAGAUAAGUCAGGCAAGUCAAAAACGAGUGCUGGAUGUUAGUCUACCCAGAUUUAUUUGGGUGAAGCAUUAGCAUUAGCGGCUAACCGCUAGCGGUAAUGCUAAUGCUGCUCCAGCAGUGCUAGCUGGGCUAAGCAGAAGGCUACAGACUGAUUAAUACUCUCCUCUGAACGGCCAAAGAGCUAGCUUAGCUUAGCUUAGCGCUGUUAGCGGAUAAUGCUAAUAACUGUGUACUUCAGCGAAGCAGCUUUACUGCUCCUUAAUACCUGACUAAUUUAAAAUCUAUAAAUUGCGCCUUUUGUAUGAAUUUUAAAUGUUCCUUAUAGUGCGUAAAAUAUGGUAGUCUCUCUCUCUAUAUAUAUAUAUAUAUGCAUGAUAUAUUAGCUACCCGUUAUGUGUACUCAUAUUAGUACUUAGUAGUGAAGAAAGCCCAUUAAUGUGAAGGAGCCAGUACGUCAACAGCAGUUUCAUUUUUUGAUUUCUUAUUUUUUAUUAUUAUUUUUUGUUUUUGUGUUUGUAGGAUAUUUUAACAUGUUUACAUUCCAGUUCCGUUGUGUGAAUAUUUUUUUUAAAUAAUUAAACUUCAUUGCUCAUUAAAAGUAAUGUGUGAAUGCAUUAUGGUUUCUAUUGUUUUAUUGUUUUAUUUGUUUCAUUUUAUUUAAAUUGGUCUUUUUUUAAAUUUUGGUGUGGUGUAGUGGAUAACCACCAUGUGGGAUACUGGGGUUCAAUUCCUGGUCUGGGUCACUGGACCAAUAAGAGUCCUUGGGCUGGACUCCUAACCUAACACUAUAUUGGCUCUUAUUUGUAAUAAGAAUUACCUUGUAAGUCAGCCAAGUGCCUUACAAUAUAAAAUGACAAUAAUAUGAAUUCAUUUCACAGUUAUACAAAAAAACAAACUAUAUAUUGUCCAAAAAGUGGUUAUUGUGACAGACCUAUUGGAUUAUAUGGUAUUGUGGUUAAUAAAGUGGGUGUGGCUUUGACACUUGCCUGUGUAGUCACACUAAAAAAAUAAAAGUAAUAAUAUAAUAAUAAUAAUGUGGACGUGAGAGUCUCUGAUCCCCUCUGAAUUAGAUUUUACGAUAUACACUGUGUUUUUGCCUCUUUACGACUUUAUGAUCUGAUCAUUCAUGGACGCAUGCCAGGUGUGAACGGAGUCAGAAUAAGCUCAGUUCAUUCAUAAACAUCGGGAUCUUCCAUCUUCUUUUGUCAUUUUAGUCUCUCUAUUUUAUUUUAUUAAUUUUAUUUAGUAGAUGAAUAAAAAACAUUCACAACAAUAAACAAGUCACGACUUUGGACGCAUUAAAAAACAAACAAACAAACAAAAAAACUUAAUUUUUCAGAACCGUUCACAAUGUUGAACUAUCUCUUUAAGAGCAUCUUCUACCCACCCACGGCCACCGGGAGUACUGAACAGUUCAGUUAAUGAGGUGGCCAUUGUAGAGUACCUGCUGUCCCCCAUUUUAAUGCAUGAGCUGCUCUGAUCCAGUCAGACAGGCUCUGAGUGGGCGAGAGAGAAAAGAAACAGAAAAACGAGCCGCGUUUUAAAUAUAUACCUCAAAACCAGGAGCUGUUCUCACUGCCAAGUAUUCAGUUCACUCCUCCAGUUCGUGCCCGUUCAGACCUGCAUGUGCUGAUAGUACCUAUUACCUCUUUUUUAACCCUUCGUACCUUUACCGCUCUCAUAUAUAUAUAUAUAUAUAUAUAUAUAUAUAUAUAUAUAUAUAUAUAUAUAUAUAUAUAUAUAUAUAUAUACACACCAUACUAGUGCAUCUUAAAACAUUAGAAUAUCAUUCAAAAGUUACUUUAUUUCAGUAAUUCGGUUCAAAAUGUGAAACUCAUAUAUUAUAUAGAUGUAUUACACACAGAGUGAUCUAUUUUAAGUGUUUAUUUAUUUUUAUUGUUGAUGAUUUAUGGCUUACUGCCGAUGAAAACCCAAAAAUCAGUGUCUAAUCAGAAAAUUUGAAUAUUAUAUAAGUAGCACUGUGGGUAGUGUGCCAAGUCCUGCUGGAAAAUGAAAUCCGCAUCUCCUUAAAAGUUGUCAGUAGCAGAGGGAAGAAGCAUGAAGUGCUGUAAGAUUUUGUGGGAAAAGAAAACUGCACUGACUUUAGACUUGAUAAUAAAACACAGUGGAUCAACACCAGCAGAUGACAGACAUGUCUCUCCAUAAAACCAUCCAUGUCAUCUGCUGGUGUUGAUCCACUGUGUUUUAUUAUCAAGUCUAAAAUCAGUGCAGUUUUGUUUUGUUCCCUCUGCUAUUGACAACUAUUAUGGAGAUGCAGAUUUCAUUUUCCAGCAGGAUUUGGCACACUGCCCACACUGCCAAAAGUACCAAUUGAUCUUAUAUAAUGUUCUAAUUUUCUGAAACACUGAUUUUUGUGUUUUCAUUGGCUGUAAUCCAUAAUCAACAAUAAAAGAAAUAAACGCUUAAAAUAGACCACUAUGUGUGUUUAAUACAUCUAUAUAAUAUGAGUUUCACAUUUUGAACCGAAUAACUGAAAUAAAUCAACUUUUCAAUGAUAUUACUUUUUUAUUUAUUUUAUUUUUUUAUAGAUGCACUUGUGUGUGUAUGUGUAUAUAUACUGACUUGUAGCAUUUGAGCAGUUCCCACAAUUCCACACAACAACUAGGACUAUAAGAGCGCAGGUUAGGCUCAGCAUUUUGCCAACACUAAUUGUUCAUAAGCUACUUAGCUGUUUGGAAUUGAUUUGUUUGUUCAAAAACAAUGAAAUUAAAACAAACAAAAAAACUGUCGAAUCAAAUGGGUGCUAGAACUUGUCUCCGAAUCCGGCCUCUCGCUCUGUUCAGACCGAGACGAAUUCCUCUACGUUUGAAGGAAACCUUUUCAGAACACAAUAUGAAAUGCAAUCUGUGAACUCUGACAUGACAUGAGAUAUUAAAAAGGUAUUUAGAACCAUAACUCCGUCCUUGUCUUCACCUUUUACUGACUCUUCCUCUGUUUUGUCUGUUCACACCUAUUCUCUGAAUUCAGAUCAAGUCUGGAUGCAGCUCACAUUGUUCACACUGAUCACACAGUGCAGCUCAUUUUCACUAUGGACCAAACACGUCAAAUGAAACAAUUCACGUUUCACACAAACAAACAAAACAAGUACUGUUUACAUUGCUAGAUUUUAGAAUUCAGAUUGAAAAGUAGUUUUUACAUUUCUGAAACAUUGUGAAUCUGGAUUGUUUUGAGCUGAAAUACGUUCUUGGAAGAAUUAGUUCCCUAAGUUUACACCUGAUCACUUCAUUUUACUGGUAUCUGGACUGGAUUGUUCACUGAUUGGGCCGUGUUCACACUGUACAUGCUCAGUGCUCACUUAUUGGCUGUGUGGGUUCCUCCUGUUGAAAGGCCUCAUGUCUCUGAAGCGAUUCACGAUUAUUCAAAAAUAACUGACCAAUCUGAAUGUUGUGCAGUGUGAACAUAAACUGAUUAAGUCAAGUAAGCUGUGUGGGACAGAAUAUGCAAAUUGGCUCAUUGUGUGGCAAUUAUUAUUGGUGCUUCAGUUGUUGUGGGAGGGAUUUUGGUUGUCGAAUAGGGAUGUGAGGGAUGUGUUUACACUGCUUUAACAGACUGAUUCAGAUCAUCUUCUGAAGUGGUUUAAGGGAUCAGAUUUGUCUCCAUUUUGGAGCGUUUACACUGGCUUGGUCCAAUCCAGAUAACAAAAAUCCUUAUAUUCAAGACGCAUGAAGUGACCGGGUGUAAACAGGGGCCUUUGUUCCAGUUUACAUUGAGUUUGAAUUCAGAUUAAAAAAUAGUUUUUACAUUUCUACCACAUUGUGAAUCUGGAUUGAUUUGAGCUGAAAUAAGAUCUUGGAAGAAUUUGUUUCCUAAGUUUACACCUGGUUACUUUAUGUGACUUGUAUCUGGACUGGAUUUUAAAUUAAAUAAGUUGGAAGAGCAUGAAGGCUCGGCAUGGGUUCCUCCUGGUGAAAGAACAAAUGUCGAUUAACGAAUUACAAUUAUUCACAUAAUCUGAACACUGAAAACAUUGUGUAGUGUGAACGUGGAAUUGUUUAGUCAGUAGAGUAAAUCUGAUUCCUGUGUGGGACGGAAUAUGUAAAGUGGCUCAUUGUGUGGCAAUUAUUAUUGGUGCUUUAGUUGUAGUUGGAGGGAUGUGUUUACACUGCUUUAACAUGAUACUGUCUCAGAUCACCUUCUGAAGUGGUUUAAGGAAUCGGAUUUGUCUCCGUUUGGGAGCGUUUACACUGGCUUGGUCCAAUCUAGAUAAAAAAAAAAAAAAUCCUAAUAUCCAAGACGCAUGAAGUGGCCAGGUGUAAACAGGGGCCUUUGUUCCAGUUUACAUUGAGUUUGAAUUCAGAUUAAACUCAGGGAAGCAGCCUGGAUCAAAUCCCUCCCCUGUUCUUUUCACACACACACAAAUACACACACAUACACACACACAUGCGACACAUCCAUCCUCGACAGAGUUCUAUAAUGUGUGUCUACCAUCAAAACAAAACAAAAAAAUAUUAAAUUAUUAAGAACAAAACAACAAAAAAAGAUACUUGUACCAUGAAGGUCAACAUGCAUUUUUUUCCUUGCUUCUUUUGCAUUGUUCAGUGUUUGUUUUUCUGUUUUUUAAGGAUUAAACUGGUUUGUGUGCACUAAUCUCAUUGGUGGAAAUGGGAGACUGUGAAAAAGGUGGUUGAACUAACCAAGGCGGGCAUGUAACGACUGAAGUGUGGGCACACACACACACACACACUCUCACACACACACAUACGCCAACCUGUCACCACCCUCCCCGCGUGUUGUGACUCGAUGUACCGUGUGUGAUGUGUUCAUCAUUCCAUCACCCCUCAGAAGAGCAAAUGGGUAGCUAGGCAACGAGAGACACACUCGCCAUCUCUCUGCAGCGGGCACCGUUAACAGGGCCAGAGUGCGUUUACAAGCACUUCAUAAUAAUCUGAUUAGAAUCAGAUUUCUGCAGUUAUCUGGUUAUCUGAGUAGUCAUGUAAACACCAUACUCUGAUUUAUUAAAUAAAUUAGGCGUAAAGUCUAGAAAUCUGAUUUAAAAAUCGGUUAAAAAGAGGAUUAGAUUGGAUUUUAAUUCAGUAAUCGGAUUUAUACUUGUAAAUAUGUCUGCGAGUAAGUGAAAACAGAUUGUGAAAGCAUUAUUAGCUGAAAAAACGUAUGAAUAAUUCCCUCUAUCUGAUUACUCAAAUACAUGUAAAUGAGUUAAUCAGAUCACUGACUGAAAAAAGUAAAAAAAAAUUACAUCCAAAUACUUCUUCACCUACUUAUGUAAACUCAAUUCAGAGUUUUUUAAACGUGUUCAUUGGACUACUUACAAACUUGCUGUUUAUAUAAUUUAUGUAAACAGCAUUUUCCGAUUUACUGGGAGGAUAGUCCCAAAUUCAGAUUGAGGAAGGGUUAGAUUGGAUUUUAACUCAGUAAUCAGAUUUUUUACUGUGUAUAUACUCUUUACUAUGUCUCCAUAAAUGAAAACAGAUUGUAGCAUUAUUAGCUGAAAUAACUUACUAAGAAUUCCCUUUACCUUAUUAUUGAAAUACAUGUAAAUGCGUUAAUCAGACCACUGACCUGCAUGCAUGUGUAUAAAAAAAGUAAAAAAUUUAAUUCCAAUUAUUUUUUUAUCCAUCAUCUGAUUACUCUAGUUCAUGUAACUGUUAUAAUUGGACUACUGACAAACAUAUUCAGAUAUUCUAGAUAGGAGGAUAGUCUAGAAAUCAGAUUACAAAUAAAAUAGCUAAAAAUGUAUUGGAUUGGAUUUUUGUUCAAUGAUCAGAUUUAUACUUUUAACUAUGUCUGAAAAAAGUGAAAACAGACUGUGGUAGCAGUACUAGCUGAAAUAAUGUAGCUAUUACAAUUACUGCCUGACUCAUAUAAACUCAUAUAAACUAGAUUAUUUCCUCUAUCUGAUUACUUGAGUACAUAUAAAUGUGUUAAUCAGACCACUGUUCUGCAUGCAUAAGUGAACAGAAUAUUUCGACUUUCUAAAUAGCAGUAUUGUCCAAAAAUCUAAUACAAAAAUUAAUAAGGAAUUAAGGAAUGAUUGGAUUGGAUUUUAGCUCAGUAAUCAGAUUUUGCAUUGCUACAUGCAUUAAAACAAAAAGUAAAAAUCCAAUUACUUAUUCACCAACUUGUGUAAACUCGUGUUUUCCCAUUAUCUGUUUACUCAAGUUUAUGUAAAUGCAUUAAUCAGAUUACUGACAAACUCUGAUGAUCUGCAGUAAUCAGAUUAUGAAGUGCAUGUGAACGCAAAUGCAUUCAAUUCCUGAAUGUGUCCGACUCCAAACCAAAACCUGACGUCCAAGAGCGAGAUCAGAUUUCAGUGCAUGUAAGUAUUAAACCAACAUUCCCGCCAAAUCAUUCGUUUGGAAUUUGGUCAGAAACGAAGCAUUAUUGCCAAACCUAGAUCAGAUAUCGUCUGAUAAUUUUCUGAUAAUCUGAUCGCUUUAUUUACCACUUUAAACCCCACUCUCUAAAGUCUGAGACAGAGAGAAUGGGAGUUUUACUCAUUGGGUGAACAGUGUAAACGACUAUUUAUUUCUAAUUGCUGCUAACAUUCAGCUCUGUUGCUACACAGGAUGUAAAAGGGAAAGACUCCAGGUGUUUUUAUUAUUAUUAUUAUUAUUCACUUCGUCGCCUCUUUGUUCUGUUUUUUUUUUUUUCCUCCAAGGUUCAAGUUCCACCUGAAUGCCAAAAACACAAGCAAUGUUGUAUAAUUUAAUACUAGGGAAACUACUAGUAAUAGAACUCUAACAUUGAUGUUAUGUGUUAUGAUAUUAUAAUUAUAAUAAUAAUAAUGAUAAUAAAGACAUUUUACAAAUGUCCGGAACAUGAAAAGA